AUGCCCGACGUCGAUACCUCCUCGAGCGCGUUCCGCUUCCACAUCUCGACACCACCCCCGCAAAAGCGAAAAAGACAUUUUGACCACCGGGGUGACGACGAUUCUCCCUUCGGUUCUCAUGAUGCCAAAAGACGAUCCACGGCUACUCACUGUCUGCCCAUCCGCUUAUCGCCCAGUAGACCGACUGUCUCGGCUCCUCCUGCCUCCUUUUCACUCUACACGUCCAUUUACCAGCAACCUCCGACCCCCGUCGACACCUCGGAUGACGAGAGCCUAGGUCACCAAGGCCAAGAUGACGAGACGUGGAAGUUGUCCAAGCAGGACUCCCAACCCAGGAGCGACAGCAGCACUUCGUCGAUCAAAGCCCAGUGCGGCGAUCUUGACGUCGAUAUGGACAUGUCGACCCCGCUCAUCACCCAACCUCGAAUCCGACGCGCCCGAUCAAACGACAUAAUGCCACCUGAACGUGACUCGAACCUCCUCAGCGCAAUGGACACGUUCGCAUGCGAGAGAGUCCCCACACCUAUCUGUAGCCGUUUCGACCAUCGCGUCAACGAGUUGCCAAGCGUGCCACGUCACCAAUUCCCGCCACUGCGCACGAAUCUCAGCCCGAUGAUCGAGCAAGAGUCGUGGAUUAGCCGUGAUGGCUUACCUAGUCCGGUCGAAGAUCAGGAGAUGGACAUGAUGAUGGACCGGGAAGAAUGCGGCGAGGGUGCGCACUGGACAAACGGAAGAUAUGGGCUUGAUGGGAAUUACAGUCCGAGUGGGCGGGCGAGGACAGGGAGACUCCACAUGGGGUUUCUGAAUGACUGUGAGAAGUGUCUGCAGAAGGUGCCGGGGCAUUACAGUCACAUUAUAUGGACGUGA